AUGGCUCGCGUGCUCGACGCCAGCCUCGUGCACGUGCCGUACGAAGAGCUGGCGCAGGCUAGCCGCGAGAGCCGCGCCGCUGUGGCGUCAGACCUCGACACGCUGAUGAGGAGCAUCAGCGCGCUCUCCGCUCCGGCGGACGGCGAGGCCAGCAGCGGCGAAGCCGACUCUGGCGCCGGAUCCAGCGGCCGGGGCGUGAGCGCGAACGAGGCGCGCCAGGUGGUCAGUGGCCUCGUCGAGCAGAUCAACCGCCUCAAGCGCAAGGUGGACGAGGGGCGGCGUGCCGAGGCGGAGGGGAUUGCACGGUGCCGCUCGCGGAUCGCGUGCCUCCUCUCCCACAGCUCCGCCCCCGAAGACGGAGCCGCGGGCGGAGGCGGCGCCAGGCUCGCGGACGCCCGGUGCGACCGCUUUGUCGCCGACUACCUGCUCCGGACCGGGCGGCACCACUCGGCCAGCGAAACUUCUGGCCGCGGCGUGGGGGCGGCCGCCCUGUGCGCCUCCGCCAACGGCGGCGUCGCCGCGCUGCUCGACGAGAGGAACGCGCCGCCCCUCACCGAGUGCCGCCGGGUGACGGACGCGCUUCUCCGCCAAGACGCCGGCCCAGCCCUGCAGUGGUGCGAGAGGGAGAGGCACCGGCUCGCCAAGCUGCGCUCGCCGCUCGAGCCGCAGCUGCGGCUGCAGCACUUCCUCGCCCUCGUCGCCGCGGGCGAGCAGCGGCGAGGUGCCGCCGUCGAGGCUGUGGAGUACGCGAGGCGCCACCUGCAGCCGGCCGGCUUGCCGGAGGCCGUCGCGGAGGAGGCGAGGCGAGGCAUGGCGCUGCUAGCCCUUGGCACGCGCACUUCCCUCCCGCACGCCUCGCUGCUCGACCCGGGCCGGCUCGCCACCAGGCUCCCUUCCUGCCAGCGCUCGCGCUCCGCCGUCACCUGCCGCCUCUCCGGCACUCUGCUCGACGAGGACAACCCGCCGCUCGUCCUGCCGUCGGGUCACGCGGCGGUCUUGCGGCUCGAGGCGGCGCAUGGCGGCGGCGCGUUCCGCGACCCGCGCACGGACGACGUCGUGACGAUGGGCUCCCUCCGCCGCGCCUACUUUUUGUGA